AUGGCGGCCAGGCCGAAGACUGUGUGUGUCAUUGGCGCCGGACCGUCUGGACUGGUGGCCGCGAAAACACUCGUCCAUGACCAUCCCAAAGAUACAUUCCACGUGACGGUCUUUGAGGCAUUGGAUCGAAUAGGAGGGCUAUGGCCGGUAUCAGAAAAUGGCAAUGGCAUGAUCAACCCGGACAUGUGCACGAACCAGAGCCGACACACCAUGAGCUUCAGUGGUUUGGCCUGGCCAGCGGAUGCUCACUCCUUUCCAAAAGCUUGGCAAGUAGGCCAAUAUCUGGAACGAUACAUCGAGAAGUACCCCGGCUAUGAAAUCCGGAAAAAUUGUCGCGUUGUCAAGGCCCGUUUGCAUAACGGCAAAUGGGAAAUCAAUACUCGGAAACAAUCCAAUUCAAAGUCAAACAUCGAAGGGGCAGAUGAAAUCCACGAGUUUGAUCACGUGAUCAUCUCCUCUGGCUUUUUUGGCACAGCUAAAAUUCCUAAGAUUCUUGAGGGUAUUCCAGCUCCUAUAUUCCAUAGUUCUCAGGUCAGAGAUGUAAAGGGUCUCCUCACGGAUAACGGUAAAAGGGCACUCCCUGCUGGUCGAAAUAUUGUAGUCGUUGGAGGGCAAAUGUCUGGUGUCGAGAUUGGGGCAUCGAUUGCCUUCCAGUUAUCCUCCGCCGAGAACUUGCCUGGAGAAUCUGAUAUUCCAAAUGCAGCUGAAUAUGUAAUAACGCAUGUUGUGCAACGCCCGGUUUGGGUCAUGCCAUUGUUCUUUCCGAAGAACCCCAUUCUCGAAAACCCUAAUAGCCAAGGUGAAAAGGCAUCUAAUCCUUCUCCAUAUUUCUUGCCUGUAGAUCUCGUUACCUACAACAUUGGAUGGCGACCACCAGGACCACUGCAAAAUAGCUCGGGCCACAUCUCAUCGGAAGCAGCGAAGAUUACCCAUGGCUUCAUGAAUACAUAUAUUGGGACGGAUCAAAGUGAUUUAGGAACUCCUCAUCUAGAAAUGCAGGGAGAUGUCCGCUCUGAUACGCCAUGGCUUUCUGUCAGCGAUGGCUAUUGCGAAUAUGUUCGUUCUGGCAAAAUUCGGACUGUACAAGGUAAAGUUGUUCGUGGUCAGGGAUCUGACGGUGAUGUUAUCGUUCUACAGAAUGAUGGUAUUGAAUCCUCGAUUGAAGGAGUUGCCGCUGUCGUUUUUGCAACGGGGUAUGAAGCUUGCCCGUCCCUGGACUUCCUCCCAGAGGAUAUUCUGGAGACUCUGCAAUUCGAACCGACGAGUGAUGCAUUCCCACUAGCCCUAAACGUCCAUUCCACAAUCAACAAAGAAAUACCGUCUCUCGGCUUUGUUGGGUUCUACCGCAGUCCCUACUGGGGCAUAAUGGAAAUGCAAGCGCGCUAUCUCGGGAGACUCUGGAGCGGCGAUAGCAAGGCAGCCAAAGCUAUGAAUGAAGACACUACUUUAGAAUCAAUGGUCAAACUUCGGAAUGAUCCUCUCUGCGCACAGUUCCCUAUGGGCGAUUAUGCCUACCUGAUGGAGUCAUUCAGCGAUAUCCUUGACAUCAAACGCGCAGAGCCUGAAGGUUCAACGGGACGAACAGGACUUGUCCUGCCACACCGCUAUCUACCCAAUACAGCCAGCGAAACAGAACGCGAAGAAGCAUCAACAGCUCUUAGAAUAGUCGAUCAAGCAAUCGAAGAUUCUACAGAACGCGCCAAAUUCGUUGCAAAAGCAGCUUUUAGAGCCAUGCAGGGUGAUUGGAAACUUGAGCGUACAAUAGCAAGUCGCAUAGACUCCUACCCCUCUGGUACUCUAUCCGGAAACGCAUACUUCAAGCCCCGGCUCCCGACGGAAAGGGGGUAUGAUUUGGAAUACUUGUAUCUUGAGAGUGGCGAAUUUAACGCAACAAACGGAUUCAAAUUCCAGGCAAAACGGAGUUACGCACACCGUUACAAUUCAGCCACUGAUACCCUCAGUGUCUGGUUUACCAAACCAGACCAUAAAACCGUCGAUUACCUCUUCCACGAACUCGAAUUCGUCCCUCCUCCCGCGCAACCCCGCCAAGCCAACCAACCCUGGAAUGCAAAAUCAUCACAUCUCUGUAUACAGGAUCUGUAUGAUGUGGCGUAUAAGUUCUAUUUCCAGGGUGCCCAACUGAGGGAGUGGUCUCUUGAGUACAGCGUUAAAGGACCCGCGAAAGAUUAUAGUAUUAGGAGUGUGUAUAGGAGGUAA